CGGGGGGGGGGGGAGCGCCAAUGCCCGCGCUCCCGCCGCAGGAGGUGGAAGAGAAGAAGGUGGGAGUGUAGUAGCCGCUGCCAACCCGGAACUGUCCCUCUAGAAGCACCGACCUGCAACUAGAGGAGCCGGGGGCUUCCCCAGUCCGGCGCUAAGGCUGUGAGCAGUGCGGUACGGCCACGAGGAUGAACGGGGACAGUGCGGACAGCCUAGCCAUCUCCAGCUCAUUGCCCACCAUUCCUUAUCACAAGCUCGCCGACCUGCGCUUUCUGAGCCGGGGGGCAUCAGGUACAGUGUCCUCGGCACGCCAUGCCGACUGGCGCAUCCAGGUGGCAGUGAAGCACCUGCACUUCCAGACUCCACUGCAGGAAAGUGACAUAAGCGAUAUUUUAAGAGAAGCCAAGAUUUUACACAAAGCAAGAUUUAGUUAUAUCCUUCCAAUUUUGGGAAUUUGCUAUGAGCCUGAAUUCUUGGGAAUAGUCACUGAGUACAUGAGCAGUGGAUCACUAAAUCAGCUCCUGCACAGGAAAAAUGACUAUCCUGAUAUUGCUUGGGCACUGAGAUUCCGAAUUCUGCAUGAAAUUGCACUGGGAGUAAAUUAUCUUCACAAUAUGAACCCACCACUUCUGCAUCAUGACUUGAAGACUCAGAACAUCUUAUUGGAUAAUGAAUUUCAUGUAAAGAUUGCAGAUUUUGGUUUAUCAAAAUGGCGCCAGAUGUCUUUGUCCCAGUCAAAGAGUAGCACAUCUAACCCCGAGGGCGGGACUAUCAUCUACAUGCCUCCUGAAAACUAUGACCACAGCCAGAACUCCCGAGCCAGCAUCAAACAUGAUAUAUACAGCUUUGCAAUUAUCAUGUGGGAAGUGUUGUCCAGAAAACAACCCUUUGAAGAAGUUGUCAACCCCUUGCUGAUUAUGUAUAGGGUGUCAAAGGGAAAUCGGCCUGACACCGAUGAAGAGAAUUUACCACUCGACAUUCCACAUCGAACUCAAAUGAUCUCCCUCAUUGAAAGUGGAUGGGCACAAAAUCCAGAUGAAAGGCCAUCUUUUUUAAAAUGUUUAAUAGAACUUGAACCAAUUGUGAGAACCUUUGAAGACAUUACUAUUCUUGAAGCGGUCCUUCAACUGAAGAAAACUAAGAAUAAUUUGAAAAUCAUUCCCCUGAGUUCCAAGAAAACAAUGGAGUAUCCUCUCAACAUACCUGUAAAUAAUGGACCACAGGAGGAAUCAUGUAGAACUCCGUUGACUAUACAUAGUGACCCUGGAAUAGCAAGGUCCAUAACGACCCCUCAAGACAACUUCUUUUCUUCUGAACAAAAUCAAGAACAUUCAACACUGCCUCAUUUUUCACUAAACCACAGCUGGGAUGAUAACAUUUCUUCAGUCCAAAGGGCUAAGUUUUGCAACCACAAGGCAACUUGUUCUUCAGUACAUCCACUCACACUUGAAGGAAACUCAGACCUCCCAUCAGAGAGUCAGGGAAAUGAUGUUGCCCAGCAGUGGAUCCAAAGCAAAAGAGAAGAUAUUGUUCACCAGAUGACUGAAGCUUGCCUCAACCAAUGCCUGGAUGCCCUUCUGUCUAAGGAUUUGCUUAUGAAGGAAGACUAUGAACUUAUUAGCACCAAACCUACAAGGACAUCAAAAGUCAGGCAAAUGUUGGAUACCUCUGACAUUCAAGGAGAAGAGUUUGCCAAAAUUAUAGUACAGAAAUUGAAAGAUAACAAACAGUUAGGUCUUCAGCCUUACCCAGAAGUACCUAUAAUUUCUAGAAUAACAUCUUUAAAUUUAUUCCAAAACAAAAGCUUCUAAGUAUUGGCUUACUAGGAGGCGUGUGAGUGAAGAAGCAUGGGUAAAGACAAAAAGUUGGAUCUGCAAAAACAAUGAGAGCUCAGAACUUUUGGAAUACACAAAUCAUCAGAGGAGGGGGACUGUUCCAAUGGAACCUUGAAGGAAGGCAGUUAGGACUCCAGGGGCCUGGGAAGGGCCUUGGCUGUUUCUGCCUGAAGGUGGAAGACAGACCCCUUCAUCUCCUCUCUGACCAUUGCCUUCUACUGAUUCUGUGAGCUGAAGAGAUAUUUGGUCUUGCCCAGAAAAGACUUGUUAGCAGUGCUGUUAAUGUCUACCCUUAGGGGGAGAUAAUUUUUUUGUUUUCUGAAUUGACUUUAUUUCAAAGCCUUCAAUCAACAAGAUAACUUGGAAUUAGGGAGACCCUAAUUUCCCUCUUUCCCCAACCUCAUCUUACCCCCUCUCCCCAAAGAAUUAAAGAUCCUUUAGUUAAAGUACUAGUUGUAGGAUUUGUUAUUGGUGGGAAUUUUUUUCAAUUUACCAUAAGAAAAUCUUCAUCCUGACAAUUAGAAAGGAAGAAACAGGAAGUAGUGUAGUAGGAAGUAGAGGGGCUCAAGAUUCAGUCUCUUUCUUUUGCUUACUUCCUGGUACAAUAUCUAUAAAUUUCCCCCCACUAUAACUCACCAAGUUUUCAUCUCUAGUACAGAGGGAAAAUUAAUUUAUGAAAGGAUUUUUUUCUUUCUCAUGCUUCAAUGACAACUUGAAUUAUAAACAAUAUCCUGAGUUAGGUGUAACACUGACAUCUCUUUUAAAGUAAAUAUUAAUUAUUUCUGGAUUUGACCCCAUAGGACAUUGAAAUAUUUUUAUGAAUAUGUGGAAAACUUUCAAUGUAGUAAAUAACUAUGUUGUGUUUUGUAAAUUGAUAUUGUUUUAAGGAUAGAGUCAUUGUACCUGUAGUUAUACUUGUUUAUGAAAAAUGUUGUAUGAUAUUGUAUUUUUAUGAUAUAAGCCAUUUCUACAAUUGCUAGCUUUAUAAAGUAUUUAUUAAUUGCCUAAAGUGCAUUAAGGUUUCAAAAAGCAUCUGUUUAUCAAAUAACAACAACAAUAAAAGCCAACACCUAUGUAGCACUUACUAUGUGCCAGCCCCUGAGCUAA